AGUGGAGUUUAGGAAUCUGGGGAGAGCGAGAAGGUUCUACUGCUCAUGGAGAGUGGCGUGAGAUUGCAUUCUACUAUCUACAUGCGUGACAAGAGCAACACGCCUUCUGGUUUCACUCUCAAAUUGAGGAAGCAUAUUCGUACGAGGAGGCUCGAGGAUGUGCGCCAACUUGGGUACGAUCGGAUUAUUCUCUUCCAAUUUGGACUUGGGGAGAAUGCGAACUAUGUUAUAUUGGAGUUGUAUGCUCAGGGGAAUAUCCUCCUCACAGAUUCUAGUUUUACCGUCAUGACUCUGCUGCGGUCUCACAGGGACGAUGAUAAAGGGCUUGCAAUUAUGUCACGUCAUCGUUAUCCUGUUGAAAGUUGUAGAGUUUUUGAGCGAACUACUAUUGAAAAGUUGUGGGCAUCUCUGGUGUCUUCCAAGGAAGAUGAUAGCGAUGAGACUGUUAAGGUCAAUGGAAAUGGAAAUAAUGCUUCUAGUGUAGCAAAAGAGAAGCAGGGAACCCAAAAAGGUGGCAAGGUAUCAACACUGAAAAUUGUCCUUGGGGAGGCACUUGGUUAUGGACCUGCACUUUCAGAACAUAUAAUAUUAGAUGCUGGCCUAAUUCCAAGUACAAAAGUUCCCAAAGAUAAAACGUGGGAUAAUGCUACUAUUCAGGCUUUGGUCCAAGCUGUUGUGAAAUUUGAAGAUUGGAUGCAGGAUGUUAUUUCAGGUGAAGUCGUCCCUGAAGGAUACAUUGUGAUGCAGAACAAAAAUUUGGGGAACAAUUCUUCAAUAUCUCAGCCUGGAAGUGUUAGCCAGAUGUAUGAUGAGUUCUGCCCCAUCUUACUCAACCAGUUUAAGUCAAGGGAUUAUACAAAAUUUGAGACAUUUGAUGCAGCCUUAGAUGAGUUCUACAGCAAAAUUGAGAGUCAAAGAGCUGAACAGCAGCAGAAAGCCAAAGAAAACACAGCUGCUCAGAAACUUAAUAAGAUUCGCCAGGAUCAGGAAAAUCGAGUACAUGCUUUGAGGAAAGAAGCUGAUCAAUGCGUUAAGAUGGCAGAAUUGAUAGAAUAUAACUUGGAAGAUGUGGAUGCUGCUAUAUUAGCUGUUCGAGUAGCUCUAGCAAAAGGUAUGAACUGGGAUGACCUUGCUCGGAUGGUAAAGGAAGAAAAGAAAGCUGGAAAUCCAGUAGCUGGCCUCAUCGACAAGCUCCAUCUUGAGAGGAACUGCAUGACUUUAUUGUUAAGCAACAAUCUUGAUGAGAUGGAUGAUGAUGAGAAGACACUCCCUGUGGAUAAGGUUGAAGUUGAUUUAGCUCUUUCAGCUCAUGCCAAUGCUCGGAGGUGGUAUGAACAGAAGAAAAAGCAGGAGAGCAAACAGGAAAAAACUGUAACUGCCCAUGAAAAGGCUUUUAAAGCUGCAGAAAGAAAGACUCGCCUACAGCUUAAUCAGGAAAAAACUGUUGCCUCAAUUUCACAUAUGCGCAAAGUCCACUGGUUUGAGAAAUUUAAUUGGUUCAUUACCAGUGAGAACUAUUUGGUUAUCAGUGGACGUGAUGCACAGCAAAAUGAGCUGAUAGUAAAGCGGUAUAUGUCAAAGGGAGACCUGUAUGUACAUGCUGAUCUGCAUGGAGCUUCUAGUACUGUUAUCAAGAAUCACAAGCCUGUUCAGCCAGUUCCACCACUGACCCUAAACCAAGCAGGAUGUUUCACAGUCUGCCAUAGCCAGGCAUGGGAUUCAAAAAUUGUUACUAGUGCCUGGUGGGUUUUUCCUCAUCAGGUUAGUAAAACAGCUCCUACAGGUGAAUAUCUGACAGUAGGGAGUUUCAUGAUCCGGGGAAAGAAAAAUUUUCUUCCACCACACCCUCUUAUCAUGGGUUUUGGCCUACUGUUUCGCUUGGAUGAGAGUUCAUUAGGAUCACAUUUAAAUGAACGAAGAGUGAGAGGAGAGGAGGAAGCAACAGAUGAUUAUGAAAAUGCUAAUCUCGAAGACAAAUCUGAUUCAGAAUCUGAGAAGGAUGUUGAUAUAAAAUCUGUCACUGACUCAGAAAUGAAUGGUAAAUUGUCUGCAGAUUCACACAAACCCCUAUCAGAAGACUUUUCCAAAGAUUCAUCUCAAACUGGUUUGGCUACUAUCAGCUCCAAAAAGGAAAUUUCACGUGAUUUUCCUGUGAAAGAGACAAGUACAUCAAAUAUGGUUGAUAGGGAGAUAUUAUCAGACACUAGCAGAGAUUGCUUAGUUGCUGUCCCCCCUCAACUUGAGGAACUUAUUGACCAAGCUCUGGAACUUGGAUCUGUUGCUAAACCAAGUAAGCUUUAUGGAACUGAGAACUCUCAAAUUGAUUUAGGCAGUGAUAAACAUUUGGAACAAAGUAAAGCAGCUGUUAGGGAUAAACCUUACGUAUCAAAAGCUGAGAGACGAAAGCUUAAAAAAGAACAGAAACAUGAAGAUACAGAUUCAAAUGUUGAACAUGGUAAGGAUGAACCGAAACUGAAAGGUAUUUCUGCAAAUCUACCUGCAAAGGAAGAUCAAAAUGUGAAAAAAGGUGGUGGUCAAAAAAUCAGCCGUGGGCAGAAGGGAAAAUUGAAAAAGAUAAAGGAGAAGUAUGCUGACCAGGAUGAGGAAGAAAGGAACAUCCGAAUGGCAUUGUUGGCUUCUUCUGGAAAAUCAAUCAAGAAGGAAGAGACGUCAUCUGAAAAUGAUGCAUUAGACAAAGGGAAAAAAUCUGGCAACGCAGGUCCUGUUGAAGCCCCAAAAAUAUGUUACAAGUGUAAGAAGCCAGGUCACUUGUCUCGGGAUUGUAAGGAACAAUCAGAUGAUCUGAUGCAUAGGCAUGCAAUUGGUGAAGCUGAAGAAAAUCCCAAAAUGACUGAUAUUGAAACUUCCCAAGCAGACAGGGUGACAAUGGAAGAAGAUGAUAUUCAUGAAAUAGGAGAAGAAGAAAAAGAAAAACUAAAUGAUGUGGAUUACUUGACUGGGAAUCCACUUCCUAAUGACAUUCUCUUGUAUGCUGUUCCUGUCUGUGGUCCUUACAGUGCACUUCAGUCUUACAAAUAUCGGGUGAAGAUAAUUCCUGGACCAGCGAAAAAAGGGAAAGCUGCAAAAACUGCAAUGAACUUGUUCAGCCACAUGUCAGAAGCAACAACCAGAGAGAAGGAGUUGAUGAAGGCCUGUACAGAUCCUGAGCUAGUUGCUGCAAUUAUUGGUAAUGUGAAAAUAUCAGCAGCCGGCCUUACUCAAUUGAAGCAAAAGCAAAAGAAAAGCAAGAAAAGCAGCAAACAAGCUUGAAGUUAACUCUACUUCCGCACUUCUGUAGUAUUUACUCAGCUCAAGUUUUGUUUCUGUUUCUGUUUCUUUUCUUUAGCUUGAGUUUAGAAAUUUGUAUAUUGUAUAUCCUUCCUAAUUUCGAACCUUAAGGAAGUUUUCUUCCCGUCAGUUUUAUAUCCUGUUUGGUUUUCUGCCCUACAGUCAUAGAACAGUACUGUCUCUCGAUUUUAUUCAGAAAAUAGUCUCUUAUAUUGUAAAUAUGAGUUUUCAUCAUCGAACGACAAUGCUUUUAUUUAACAAUCUUUUAAAUUUUAGAAACU